AUGAGCUCGCUUCUGGUGUCUGUCGAACCUCGGGAAGGAUUUCAGGUGAACCCAACACCUGUCAGGGAACUUAACGCGAAAUAUGCAGAACUAUUCCCGCCACAAGACAUCCAUAGCAUGGCCUCCUCGCUGUAUCGGCGAGCGGCAACAAACAUAUAUAAAACAUCAGACGACCAGUUCAUCCAUGGUCACGGCAGUUUGAAUCCUGGCCCAACCAUUGCUGCACUUGGCAUGCCGGAGGAUUUGCCAGAGAUCACUGUCCUACCAGAAUCUUACAAACCAUACAUGGGGAUAUGUUCAGAGCGUACGGCGACUGGUCUUGAAGUACUACUAAACGAAGAUGCAAAACAAGCCUGCACAAUUGUGCGGAAACGAGAGGAUUUUCUGAUGAGCGAACAUGGACGAGCAAAUACAAACACAGCCUUGUACGAAGUUCAUCAUAUGAGAUUUGCUGGACAGGCAGCUAGCUGGCCGUUGGCCGGAUUGAAAGUUGUGGACCUAACGCGUGUGAUAGCAGGGCCUUCUAUCUCACGUGGCCUGGCUGAGUUGGGCGCCAGUGUCAUGCGAGUGGUAGCUCUACACCUACCCUACUUCACUGGCAUGCAUCCUUAUCUAAACUGGGGAAAAUGGAAUGCGUUUCUGGACCUUCGAAAAGCCGAGGACUACGAUCGUCUGCGGCGGCUUAUGGAGGAUUUCGAUGUUGUGGUGGAUGGGUAUCGACCUGGAAGGUCCGAGAAAUAUGGUUUUGGUAUGGAAAAGGUCAUGGAGAUGUGUCGGUCGCAAGCAAGAGGUAUUAUAUAUGCCCGUGAGAAUUCUUAUGGCUGGCAUGGUCCUUGGAAAUAUAGGAUGGGGGGUGUUAUAGGAUGUACUGCGGUGAUACAAGCCUUGACAGAACGUGGAGCACAAGGUGGAUCGUAUGUGGUGGUUGACAUUGCUCUAAAUCAUCACAACAGCUGGCUUGCAGAUAUCUGCGGAGAGUAUCCAAAGCCUGUUUGGGAGGAUGUGUGGACUAGAAACGGGCGGCAUGUUUUCCGACAUUACGAGAUCAUGAACGUGACAGUACCGGCAUAUCUAGGAAUGAUCAAACGACAUUCCUACGAUGUACUAUUUCUCCCCGAAUUCUUCGAGAGGAGGCUAAGUAAGGCUUUGAAUAUCGAGGUGCAAGUGGUUAAACCCGUAGUCCAAUAUCCGACUGGCAGCAUAGAGUUAGGCUACAACGUUGGGACAAGAGGUAACGGUGUUGACUGA